UUCUUCGUCAGACUUCCACUAACACAGAUUGGUCCAGACCAGUCCAGAGUCACUUAUGGAUACGGUAGUUUAGCCGAUCAGACUGUGAGCCACGAAGCCACGAAUUCGCGUGGCGUGGAUUUCGGGGUGGUGUUGUGCUUUUUGACUUCUCCCAUUCACGCCACAGCGUGACAGGCUCCAGAAGUCUCAUCAUGUGGCCAUUUGACUAGAGCACAGCUGGAUCGAGAUCCGUGUGACCAGAUCGUCGCGGGUUCGAGACGACCACGCCGUCGAUCACUGGCUGCAACGACGCGGGAGCCAUUGCUAAUCACCCCAGUUCCGUCGGCUGCCCUUACGCUCUCAGUAAACCUCUAGAUUCCAUUUUCAGGCCUCACUAUAAUUUACUUCAAAUCAGAGGCAUUUUCCUCCUCAUGCGAGAGAAAGGGUUGACCUCUUGUCAUCUAUAAGGGUUGCUUAGGUUUACCAGAUUAUCGUCUUAGCGAUUCCCAGCUAUUCCAGCUGAGCUCAUCGGUGUUCCGCCAUGGCGUCGGCGGAGAUCGUCCGCGUGCUGCCGAUCAUCGGUCCGCGUCUCGCGGAGGCGAUGGCGGGGCUCCACCCGCUCGUGAUCCCCGUCGCUGUCGCUUUCCUGGUUGUCAUGAUCGUGCAGUACCUGAGCUCGCCCUCUAAGCGGCAUCUAUACGGCGUGCUCAUGGACGCGGGAACGCCUGGCAUCACCUACCGCCACGCGCACUUUCCCACGCUUCUCGAGAUCCCCUUCGACGGCGCGACGACCGUCGCGUCGCUCUUCGUCAUCGCGUCGCGCCGCCACCACCACCGCCCGCUGCUCGGCACGCGCAAGUUCCUAACGCGCGAAAUAGUAGUUAACGACGAGGGGAAGGAGAUCGAGAAGCUAGAGUUUGGGGAGUACGAGUGGGAGUCGUACUCGCGCUCUCUAGACCGCGCGGAGGCGUUCGGGGGAGGGCUGCGGAACGCAGGGCACGCGCGUGCGGAGGCGGUGGCGAUCGUGGCGGAGACGCGCGCGGACUUCUACCUCGCGCUGCAGGGCGCGUUUCAGCAGAGCCUGGUGGUCGUGACGGUGUAUGCGUCGCUGGGGCAAGAGGCUCUGGUGCACGCGUUGAACGAGACGGAGGUCACUACAGUAAUCUGCGACCAUAAGCAGUUAGAAAAGCUCGAGGAGGCGUCUCUAAAGGGCGAGCUGGAGACAGUGAAGCGGGUCAUCAUGAUGCCCGAGCCACGGCCCCUGUCAGAGGCCGGCGAGGGGCCUACUGAAGCGGAAGCCAAGGUGGCCAAGGGUGAGCUGGCGCCAGGUGUCAAGCUGCUGGCGUUUGCUGACGUGGAGAAGAGCGGGUUUGAGUCGCCGGUGGCGCCGGACCUGCCGGAGCCGUCGGAUCUGGCUGUGAUCAUGUACACGUCAGGGUCGACUGGGCUUCCCAAGGGCGUGAUGCUGUCUCACGGCAACCUGGUGGCCGUCUUUGCAGCCAUCAUGGCUCAAGUGCCCGAUGCCAACUUCAGUGACGUCUACAUUGCAUACCUCCCGCUGUCACACGUGCUCGAGCUCGCAGCAGAGCUAGGAGCAGUAUCUGUAGGCGGAUCAAUCGGUUACGGCUCCCCCCUCACUCUUGUGGACAUGGCCCCCAAAGUCAAGCUGGGCACCAAGGGAGACGCUCCGCAACUGCGGCCCACUCUCAUGGUUGCAGUGCCGGCUAUCCUGGACCGCAUCAGAGAUGCCGUGAGAAGAAAGAUCGCAGCAGCCCCGGUGGUGACCAGAACGCUCUUCAAUCUCGCCUAUUCCCGCCGCCUCGCAGCCAUCGAGGGCAGCUGGUUCGGCGCGUGGGGCGUGGAGAGGCUGCUGUGGGACGUGCUGGUGUUUCGGAAGGUGCGGGCAGCUGUGGGGGGCCACCUCCGCUUUAUGCUGUCAGGAGGGGCUCCUCUCUCUCCAGACUCUCAACGAUUCAUGAAUAUCUGCUUCAACAUCCCCAUCAGUCAGGGCUACGGCCUCACAGAGACGGCAGCAGGAGGAACCUUCUCAGAAUGGGACGACUCGUCUGUGGGGCGGGUGGGGCCGCCCAUCCCCUGCAACCUGAUCCGGCUAAUCGACUGGGAAGAGGGCGGUUACCGCACCACGGACCACCCGAACCCACGGGGGGAGAUUCUCAUCGGUGGGCCGAACGUGAGCCUGGGGUACUGGAAGGAUAAGGAGAAGACUGAAGAGGUGUUCUCGGAGGACGCGCACGGCAUGAGGUGGUUCAGGACGGGCGAUAUAGGCCUCGUUCACCCAGACGGGUGCAUCCAGAUCAUCGACCGCAAGAAGGACAUAGUCAAGCUGCAGCACGGGGAGUACGUCUCCCUGGGAAAGGUCGAGGCGGUGCUCCAAGUCAGCCCCUUCGUCGACAACCUCCUGCUCUUUGCGGAUUCGACCAAGUCUUUUGUGGUCGCGCUGGUGGUGCCGGUGCCAGCUGCGGUGACGGACUUCGCGGGGAGUAGAGGGAUUGAAGAGGAGGAGUAUGCGAAGCUGUGCGAGAAUGAGGAAGUGGUGGCUGAAGUGAUGAGGUGUUUACAAAAGGUGAGCAAGGAUGCGGGGCUCAACAAGUUUGAGGUGCCAGCGAGGAUCAAGCUGCUUCCAGAUCCAUGGCUGCCAGAGUCCGGCCUUGUGACUCCUGCUCUCAAGAUUAAGCGAAAUAUGAUCCACAAGGCGUUUGCCAAGGAGUUGAGAGAGCUCUAUGCUUAGCUUGCAUACGACCGAAAGAGCAAAUCAUAAGCCAAUGAUCAAAACAGUGGUGGGGUGGUGUGACGCUCUCAAUAGUAUUCUUCACCCUCCCUGUAAAAUCGGUGGGCUGUUCUGGAUUCCAUGUGCUCGAAGAUAAGAUGGAUUUUGUGUUGCAUAGCAGUAGAAACCGCCAACAUUCAAAGUGAAUGAUGGAAAUGAUGGAUUUCAA